GGAAAACAAGUGAGUGCGAAGAAAGCAAAAAAAAAACAUAAACAACAUUGCAAAGUGGGCCCGGAAAAUUGUUACGGUGGAAAAGAGAGUGAACGUUCUUAAUUGGAGCGUUUCGGAGGAAGUACGAGAAAGGAAGUGAUUGGUGAACCAACGAGAGCUAGGUGAAAAUGGCUCGUGGAAGAAGAAUGCCGCUUAUAUUGGCCCUGAUGGCGAUGACCCUGAUGCUGGCGUCGCAGUGUUCCGGUUCCGCAAUCCCCAUGUGGGAAUUCCUGAGUCGGGGUGAAAAGAUGUCACACCUGUACUCGAUGUUUGCCAAACAGGUGUCCAACUACUGCAAAGGUUCGCAGGACAUGCCGACUAACAUGUGCAAACGAAACCUCCUGAUGUACGGCAUCAACAAGCUGCAGGACAUGAACGAGUCGCACCUGGAUUCGAUGGACCCGUACCAGCGCGGUGCUCACGAUAUAAUUUGGGACGCCAUGAUGGACGGCCAUACCAAGAACGGCAAAAAGAAGAUCCCACAAACGACCAAGGCUCCGGUCCAGAUCGCCAGCGGCCAGUACGAACACAACCCGCUGUUUGAUGAUCCCAGUCCACAGCAGCAAUCCGGUGGCAGCAGCAACCGCAAGCAGGACUCCGGCAUUGACAAGUACGGAAUGGACUUCGACUACAGCAACGCUGCCACGGCUCAGGAUCUCCAAUACACCAAUCCCCAGAACUAUCUGCCUCUGACCGGCUCUGCUGCCAACUACGACCUGUACCAACGGUUCCAGGGAGCAGCCUCGACUCACUUCGACAAUCUGGCGCCAUACGAGCAGAACACCAACUACCUGACCGGUCCGAUGGUGGUUCGUCUGCGACCGGACGGAACUGCCGUCGAUGAGUCCCAGCAUAAGGUUCUACCGAAGGAUGACGACAUCAAAGAGAUGACCAUCGGCAAGGACAAGAUGCCAACCUUCCAGCAAAUCUACGACAGCCUUAAACAGCACGAAGAUGUCCACGAUCACCAUACGGCUGCUUCGGCGACGACGGAAACUGCCUCUCCACCGCCGUCGGCCACCAGCUUCGUAAAGUCCUACCGGACCGAGUACAGGCUGCAGAACUAGAAUUCAGCAGCAUCUGCAAAAAAAACCCCUUGAUUGUGAUUUUAAUUUAGUGUACUAACUACAUCUACCUUACUGUUAAACUGCUACUUACUAAUAACCGAGGAACUACACAGGACUCAUGGUCACUCCGGCGACGCAAAUAGGAAGACACUUGUAGCUGUCGAAGUCAUGCGCGACAUGCCAGGCGCAAUAUUUUAGCUGUUAAGAGUUAAGAGCGAAGACCGGAUACCCAGGUGGGAAACGGAACGGACCGGAAGUUUGAGGGCUGUGCCAAAGCUCGCCCUGGCCCGACUGGAGGGACACCAGGUAGGAUCUCUCGCAGCCCAAGCUUGCCGGAAGCGUUCGCCUUCGGGGUACCGCUGUCUACCCAAAAUCCAGAACGUAAAACAAACAUAUUCAUUAAAUCCUAAUAUAUUUAUAAAUCAUCGUCACCCAUUUUCAUUAUAUUAGUUUUGUUUUCUGUGCGCCAUUAAACACAAACCAAACUGGACUCGUUUUGGCCAUUAGCUAGUAGGGAAGCCGACUCAGAACACCCACGGACUGUAUGAGUCCCGGGCCGAUUCGGGGACACAUACAGUGCCGUGUGUUAGUGAUUCCGAUACUUCCCCAAAUCAAAAACAAAAUUCUCAAAAAACAAACAAACCUCGAAGCGCCCUUCGAAAUGUGAUGAAUAAGAAAACACUAGAAUACAAUGAAAAUAAGGUUGUUUAUCCCAUGUAACUAUUUUACAUUAAAUUAUUUGUUCUUCAGCUUUUUCCCAAAAUCUUACCCCCCCCCCCGUGUAUUUAUGAACGUAAUCUUAGAGGAAGAGACGGAAGUAUCAAGACACUACUAAUGUUAAACGAAAAAUCGAAGAACAAAGUUAGGAGAAAUUUUGUAUCAAAUUUUAGCGGUCAACGGAAGUGAAGCGUGAUGUUAGUCGUGCAGAAUCCACUCAUGCACACAUACACACACAAACGCAAGCAUAUAUGCAAACAAACGUACACAGUUUUAGAGACAACGGAAAUCAAAACAAAACGCGAAGAAAUUUGGUACGAAAUCCAGAGGUAUUCCAAAUUGUUUGGAGAGUUAAAGAAUUUAGUUUAGAGUUAGACGCGAUUAGACUGUAAGGCGGUUAGGUUAUGACGGCAAGAUUGGUUUCUCGCACGUUUUGUGCAAGGAUAAUUUGUACAUGCUUGCGCCCUUUUGAUGAGUCAGAACAAAUCUGACGAAGGGUAGGCAUUCCGUUUUGUAAAAAGCAAUCGAAUAACGACGGAACGAACCGACGAGCAAUGGAGUGUCAAUUGGUAGGAAUUUUGGUUUUUAUCCGAGAAAAAAAAAGCUCCUAGUUUGUAAGGAUACAUGAACAAAGCAAGCUACGGCUGAAAUCAGCUGAAACGAAGUAAGAACCAAGCAAAUGUGAUUUAAUGGAUAUACUUUCUUAGACGUGUAAGUUGAUAUAUUUUCCAGGUAUUUUUUUUGUGAAGAACAAUCUGUUGAAAUAUCAAAAUGAUGUAAAAUAAAUAAUAUAUUUGAAAAAUUA